GCCGGGGCCGGGGCGGCGGGGAGCGGAGCGGCGCGGAGCGGAGGCAGCCCCGGCCGAGCGCGGGCUGCCCCGAGGCUGCGGUGUCCGGCGGGACCAUGGCGGCGCUGAGGAGGGGCAGUAGCGCGGCCCCCCGGCUCCUGGCCGUGGCCUUCUCCUGCCAGAGCUGCCGCCCCACAGCCAGCCAGUGCCCCGGGGACAGCGGCCACGGGCAGCCCCGGGACGCGCCCCCGGCGGGGCCCGGCAGGGCGCGGCGCGGCGCGGAGCCCGGCCCCGCGGGCAGCCAGCCCCUCCCGCCCGAGGGAGCGGACACCAAGACCUACCUGUGGGCCAGGUACCACGAGAUGAAGAAGCUGGUCUACGAUCUCCUUCCACCAGGAGUCUGCAAUCUCCUCAACCCAGCCGCUAUCUAUGCUAACAACGAGAUCAGCCUGGGAGAUGUUGAGAUAUAUGGCUUUGACUAUGAUUACACCUUAGCACAGUAUUCUAAUUUACUGCACUCUAUGAUUUUCAACACUGCCAGAGACAUCCUCAUAGAGCAAUUCAAGUAUCCAGAAGGGCUUGGGAGGUAUGACUACAUUCCAGGGUUUGCUAUACGUGGACUUCAUUAUGAUGUACAAAAGAGUCUUCUGAUGAAGAUUGAUGCUUUCCAUUAUGUCCAACUGGGGACAGCAUAUAGAGGGCUCAAACCAGUGCCUGAUGAAGAAGUAAUUGAACUUUAUGGUGGUACGCAGCACAUCCCUCUGUACCAGAUGAGUGACUUCUAUGGCAAGGGGCCAUCACUUAAGCAGUUUAUGGACAUUUUUUCUCUUCCUGAAAUGACACUGCUCUCUUCAGUCAUUGAUUACUUCAUAACUCAUGGCAUUGAGUUUGACCAGGUGCAUCUGUACAAGGAUAUAUCUGAUGCUAUUAGAGAUGUACAUGUGAAAGGAGUCAUGUACAAAUGGAUUGAAAAGGAUCUGGAACGGUAUAUUCUGCAUGGGGAUGAAAUCUAUGCUGUGCUAAACCGACUGGUAAACCACAAGAAGAAACUCUUCCUCAUUACAAACAGUCCCUUUAGCUUCGUGGACAAAGGAAUGAAACACAUGGUUGGCAAGAACUGGCGGGACUUAUUCGACAUGGUCAUUGUGCAAGCUGACAAGCCCAACUUCUUCACUGACCGUCGGAAACCUUUUAGAAAACUGGAUGAUAAAGGCUCACUGCAGUGGGACAAAAUAAACCAGCUGGAGAAAGGGAAGAUCUACAAAGAGGUAAAGUGACCUGGG